UGCCUAAUGAGACCUUAAAUCCUGGCGCUGGUGUCAUGGAGUCAGUCACCUUCGAGGAUGUGGCAGCGGGGCUCAUCCAGGAGUGGGCGUUGCUGGACGGGGCACGGAGGAACCUGUGCCGAUACGUGAUCCUGGACAAGUGUGGGACCCUGGCCCCCAGGGACUGGGCGUCUCAACUUAAAUCCAAAGCAUUGACUCCUGUGCAGGAUAUUUUGGAGGAAAAUUUGUCCCAGGAUAUGCAAAUGGGGCUGAAGGCGGCCGUGCAGAUUCAGAGGGUGGCCAUGCCGGUGCCUGCACUGGGUGUCCCUGAGCUGGGGAUGGCCGGGGAUUCUGCUCUGCUUGCCCAGGACCCCGCCUGGCUCCAGAAGGAGAGCACAGAGGAGGAAACCGGGGCGCCAGGGGUACUGAUCACCUGUCUGCAGGAACCCGUCACCUUUGCUGAUGUGGCUGUGUUGUUCACCCCAGAGGAGUGGAUGUUUCUAGACUCUGCCCAGAGAAGCCUGUACAGAGAUGUGAUGCUGGAGAACUAUAGGAACUUGGCCUCCGUGGGAGCAGGAGAUCAGCUAGGCAAACCUAGUAUGCUUUCCCUUUCGGAGCCAGAAGAAGAGCUGUGGGCCCCUAAGAGAAGAACCUUCCCAGGAACCCGUCCAGAACCUCAGCAUCACCCCCAAGAUUCAGUUUCUCACCCAGAUAUUUUUGCAGAGAUUCCAUCCACUGGCAUGAAAAGGGAGCAACCUCAGCCUGGAGAAAAACUCUAUAAUUACAGUGAACUUGGGGAACCCUUUCACAGCAUCAAACCGCUUUUUCAGUACCAGAGAAUUCACGCUGGGGGUGACCCCUGUGAAUGCCACGAGGGUGGAAAAUCCUUCUUCCAGCCCGCUCACCUAAUCGUGCCAGACAAAAUCCGUCGUGGGGACAAAACCUACGUGUGUAGCAAAUGUGAGAAAUCCUUCAGAUACAGCUCCGACCUGAUCAGGCACGAGAAGACUCAUACCGCGAAGAAGUGCUUUGAAUGUCAGGAGUGUCGGCAAGCCUUCAAGUAUUCCUCAAAUCUGCGGCGCCACCUGAGGACUCAUACUGGAGAGAAGCCUUUCGAAUGUGCUCAGUGUGGGAAAACCUUCACCAGGAACUUUAACCUAAUUCUGCACCAGCGAAACCACACAGGCGAGAAGCCCUACGAAUGUAAGGACUGUGGGAAAGCGUUUAAUCAGCCAUCCUCUCUGAGGAGCCACGUGAGGACCCACACAGGAGAGAAGCCCUUUGGGUGCAGUCAGUGCGGGAAAGCCUUCAGGGAGCACUCGUCGCUGAAGACACACCUGCGCACUCACACCAGGGAGAAGCCGUAUGCGUGUAACCAGUGUGGGAAGCCCUUCCGGACGAGCACUCAUCUGAACGUCCACAAAAGGAUACACACUGGGGAGAAACUGUAUGAGUGCGCUACUUGUGGGCAGGUCUUGAGUCGCCGCUCAACGCUCAAGAGUCACAUGCGAACUCACACGGGAGAGAAGCCCUAUGUGUGUCAGGAAUGUGGGCGGGCCUUCAGUGAACCUUCAUCCCUCAGGAAGCAUGCAAGGACACACACUGGCAAGAAGCCCUAUGCCUGUCAGGAAUGUGGGCGAGCCUUUGUUCCGGAGGCUGGAAUCCAAGAUCAAGAUGCCGACAGAUUUGCUUUCUUGUGAGGCCUGCUUCAUGGUUCAUAGACUGCCAUCUUCUUGCCCCGUCCUCACAUGGCAGAAAGAGCAGAGGAGCUCUGUGGGGUGUCUUGCAGAAGGGUGCUAAUCCCAUUCACGAGGGUUCCACCCUUAUAACCUAAUCACCUCCUGAAAUGCCACCUCCUAAUACCAUCACAGAAUGGGAAUUAAGCUUCAGAAUAUGAGUGGGGGGGCACAACAUUCAGUCCAUAUCCGUCUUUGAUCUGUGAACUGAGACAGCUAUGUUAAGCUCUCCCACCAUGAUUAGUGAAUCUUGUAAUUCUGUCAGUUUUUAAAUUUAUAUAUUUUGAAGCAAAUUAAAUGAGAUUUUUGAUAUUUAAUGUUUCCAGCAAAUUGUUCCUUUUAUUCUUCUAGUGACCAUCUUUCUUCCUAGUGAUAAAUAUUCAACCCUUCAUUUUCAUAACAGCAAGUCAUUGUUUGGAGCUUACUGUUAACAGAUAGUAGGUAUUAACAAUGAUACUUUGAGGUAGAUACUAUUAUUAUCCCCAGUUUAUAGAUGGGGAAACUGAGGACAAGCUCAAGGUGAGUUAACUAAGGUCAUACAGGUGGUAAGUGAUGGAGUCUGGCUCCAAAAUCCAGAGGCUGUGCACAGUGCCUUACCCUGGAGGACUUUUCUUUCUUUAUACCU